CGAGCAGCCGUCCACGGUGGCUAUGGUUCUAAAGCUACGGGGAACGAUUUCAUUCUCCGCAGGGAGGAACCCCUACGUCGUUCCGGGAAUAGCGAGCGCGAAGCAACAGCGACCUGGUACGGAGGCGUACUAUCACACCACGCUGUAUCAUUACGGCCAGAAGCGGUGGAGUUGGAAAUCGUGAAGGCGGACCAGGGUUCCGAAGG